AUGUCCUUCUUUAAUAGAGCUUCUGAAAAACUUAAAGAGGUCCAAACCGACGCAGUCGAUGAAUUCAGUCAACUCACAGGAUCUGCUUCAUUAAAUAAAGAGAUAUGCUCUUCUAACGGACCACCAGCUAUUACACCUAGACCUACUCAUCGGCGUGAUCCCAAUACUACUGGUGCAAAAAACAAUCAAGGAAAAUUCAUCAUCAGGAACCCAAACACUGGUGAUUUGGAGGUCGAAGGUACAGGUGAGAUAGUCAAAUUUGCAAGCUUGUGUGCACCAGAAUUGUUCGAUAAUGAAGGGUUCGAGAAAGAGGAUACCAUGCGUACAAUCUCACAGUUUGGGAUUUGGCCGGUGACUAGAACCUAUACUCUGAAGGUCAAGUCUUGUAGGAUCAAUCGUGGUCAUAUUAACGGAUGGGAUCCUGACCGAAAUGAUUUCAUUUACGAUGAAGACAUGUUCAAGUCUAUCGAUUAUACGAUCGCAAUGGCCGCCAAACAUAACGUUCGAUUAAUAAUUCCGAUCAUCAAUCAAGACUUUGGAUCAGAAGAAACCAAUUGGGUUGGAAACUUUAGUGAUCUGAUUAGACAUCGACAUGGUUUAAAAGACUGGAAUGAAGCCAAAAAGAUAGAUUGGUGGCAAGAUCCAGAUUGUAUUGAUUCCCAUUUUCAUUGCAGGAUGAAGAAGAUCAUUACGUUUCUUUUGAAGAGGGUCAAUCAUGUCACUGGAGUCCGGAUAGGUGACGAUCCUACGAUCCUGGCUUUUGAGACCGGAAACGAGAUGAAUGAUGGUGGACUGAGACCUGCUCCCGCCUCCUGGACGUUAGAAAUUGCUGCGCACAUCAAAAGCCUUGCACCCAAAACUUUAGUAAUGGAUGGAUCAUUUGCAAGGACUGAUGUGAUUCAAGAUAGUUAUGAACAAGAGGUUUUGGAGAGUGAGUUAGUAGAUAUCAUCAGUUGGCAUUAUUAUGGUUUUGGUGAAAAAAGGAGAGUCCAAAAGGAUGUUAAAGCAGCACGUGAUCUUAAUAAAGCAUUUAUCUGUGGAGAAUAUGGUUUUUUUGCUCAUGGACACGAGUAUAAGAAAUUCCUGAAGCAUUGCUUUAACCAUGGUGUUACCGGUACCUUGGCAUGGUCUCUAAGGCCGCACUCUAUCAAAGGAGGCUUCAAAACACACGGUGAAGGUAAUGGGAUUUGGUCUUACCAUGCUCCAGGUUGGAAACCUCUUCAGAUUGGCCAAGACGAUCCAGAAUGGGAUCAUCGAGAAAAAGAUGGUAAUACUAAAAAGAACGAGAACUAA